AUGAGUAGAGGUUUAGAAGAAAGUUCACAAGAAACACAACCUGAAGUGAACAGGAAAGAAACAGAACAACAUGAAGUGGUGAAGAAAGAACACCCUACUAAUGAAGGGUUACCAGAGAAGUUUCCGGAAGGUGUUCGGGUUUUGGUUAUUGAUGACGAUCCUGAGUUUCUUCAACAUAUUGAAAAGUUGCUUAAAGAACUUCUCUAUCAAGUUACCACGUAUAGUCAGCUUCAAGCGGAGACCCUGUUGUCUACACUACAAGCUGCAAGAAACAAAUUUGAUAUUGUUUUGAGUAGUCUAUAUAUGGCCAAUAUGGAUGGUUUGGAGCUGCUUAAACACAUGUUAGCAGAAAUGGAGAUACCUGUUGUCAUGAUGGUGUCAAGCAAGGACGACAAUAAUAUUGUUAUUAAGUGUCUCACUGAAGGAGCAUGUGAUUGCUUAAUUAAGCCGAUUGAAAGAAAGGACAUAGAACUCAUAUUUAAGCAUGUGAUCAUCCGAAAGAUGAGAGUAGAACACUCAUGUGAAUGUGAAUGCCACCAAAAAUCAACCGAAACGUCAGAUUUCGGUGUAGCUUUAGGAAACAGCAAAUCCUUGAGGAGGAAGAGGAAAAACGGGGAGGAAAUUGACAAGGUUGUGGAUACCGGUGGUAUGUCUAUGGCAAAGAAAACAAGAAUUGUCUGGACUGACGAACUCAAUCGGAAAUUUGACGCAGUCAUAGAAAAGCUUGGAAUUGAAAAGGCUGUUCCAAAGAAAAUUCUCGAGCUAAUGAAUGUUCCCGGGCUUAAAAGAGAUAAUGUUGCUAGCCACCUUCAGAAAUAUCGCCAGAGUUAUAAAAAUUCACAAGGCUAUCCUGCAUGUAAUCUGAAUACAUCUAUGAAUCAACCAGAAUCACACUUGGCACCUUUAUUGCAUAGCGGUGGACUUAUCCAGUACUCAAAUAAAUUUCAAAAUCACAGUAUGCAGGAUGGUCAACUAGGGAGACCAACGCAUAAUACAAUUGACCCUUUACUAAGCAAUGGCAGGUUCCGACCAGAUCAUUCUAAGUUUGUGACAAAAACUGGUUAUAUACCUCAUCAGUCCCAGAUGAGAGAUCAUUAUCAGUCCCAGAUGAGAGAUCAUUAUAUUAACAGUCUGCCCGGACUGAUGGAGCAGAAAAUGUUUCUGAAUGGCCAAGAUCAUAAUGCCAGAGCAGCCCAUAAUCGGCGUAACCAACCUUAUUCUGGAGGUGAUCUAAAGACGAACUACAUGACUGCUGAAUUUCUCCCAAAUUAUCAUAGUAUAGACAGUACUCUGAAUUUACCCAACUUUCCGACGAAUAAUAUGAUUCAUCAUGAGCAAAGUUUUCAGGGCUCCAUUGAUGAGAACUGCAUGAAAUGGAAGCAGCAACCACCUUGUGCCAGUUCAGAUUUAGAUGCGUCGAACAGUAUAUACCCACCUCCAGUCACUGACCGGUAUAGUCUUCUUAAUAGCCAAAAAAAUAACCAUGGGCACUCAGAUAACCUUAUGCGGAGCCAAAAUAAUCACCACUUUGAGACUUUAGCAGGAGCGCAGUUGUUAAAGCCACCACAGAUGGAAGGGAUGGAACCCCAAACAGAAACUAAGUUUGAAGACGAUGAAAUGAAGUUUGAAGAUGAUGACACUAAGUCUGAAGACUAA